GUCUGGCGCUCAAAAUUAUUCAACACACAAGUCUCUAUUGCCCCUGUCUCGAAGGAAUUUGGUUGUCUGGGUGCCUGUGGUUAUUUACUGUUUUAUUACUGCAGAUCAGGCCAAACCUGAGAUAACUCUGAGAAUUCCAGAAAUAGGGACGCCAGCGUCUUCUCUUCAGGUUUCUAAUUAGCAUUCAUCAAGUUCAAGAGCAAAUUACUAGCAAACAUGUCUGGAAAGGAUCGUCUUGCCAUUUUCCCAUCCAGAGGAGCUCAAACAAUGAUGAAGCUUCGUCUGAAGGGCGCUCAGAAGGGACACAGUUUGCUGAAGAAGAAGGCUGAUGCUCUCCAGCUGCGGUUCCGUACCAUCCUAGGAAAGAUUGUGGAGACGAAGACGCUGAUGGGCGAGGUGAUGAAGGUGGCAGCCUUCUCACUGGCCGAGGUCAAGUUCGCCAUCGGAGGCGAGACGUCGCUGCCGCAGGUGGUGCUGCAGAACGUGAACAAGGCGCAGAUCAAGGUCCGCACCAAGAAGGACAAUGUCGCAGGUGUGACUCUGCCCGUGUUCGAGAGCUACCAGGAGGCCACCGACCAGUACGAGCUGGCCGGUCUGGCGCGAGGCGGACACGCCGUGGCCAACAUGAAGAAAAACUACCAGAAGGCCAUUGAGCUGCUGGUGGACCUGGCGUCGCUGCAGACCUCGUUCGUCACACUGGACGAGGUCAUCAAGAUCACCAACCGGCGUGUCAACGCUAUCGAGCACGUGAUCAUUCCUCGCAUUGAGCGUACGUUGGCCUACAUCAUCUCGGAGUUGGACGAACUGGAGCGAGAGGAGUUCUACCGGCUGAAGAAAAUCCAGGACAAGAAGCGUAUCGCCCGUAAGAAGAAGGAGGCGCUGGAAGAGCUGGCAGCGGCGGAGCGCGCCGCCGCCGGCGUCACCGACGAACCCGACACCAAGAACAUGCUGGACGAGGUGGUGGACGAGGACGUCAUCUUCUAGAGCGUGCUCUCCGACACUGGCUGGUCCGUGCGGUUCGUUGGGUUCCCUCUUCUUCCUCUUUUGGGUACACUUUCUAGAGGCCAUCUUUGAUGCAAGGCUCAACGGGAAGUUCCAACUUUCAACACACUCGUAUUGUGUUUUUAGCUGCGUAAAUUAAUUUGGAAGUUAUAUGAAUUGAACAUAUUGCAAAUGAAAUUGCAAUAUUCAGUCAUUGUUCAUAGCGUUUCACGAAAACAACGACGAUAGCCAGUGUCCCCUAAUCGCUGUUUUGUUCUGAUGCGAGAGUGUUGUAUAUAGCGUGUAUUGUGAUUCGUGGAGAUGAUAUAUUGUCCCGGAAUGAGUGUAGGUGUGAUGUGUCUGGAUGAACUCCUCCCCUGCUGCAUAGCGGAUAUGCGGGGAGCUGAUGAGACAUUCCUGUAGGUAUGCUACUGGUGAAACUCAGUUGGAUAGAUUUGGAGAGAUCUAUCAAAGUCUGUGGUUUGUGUUGGUCAGUGUUUUGUCCCAGGCAAUUGGGAGAUAGAAACCGCCAACAAAUCAUGAUAUAAUUAAUGAUUUCGUCGUAUUUGUGUCUCGCUGGCUGCUUAUAGAUAAGAUGCGGCUAAAUGUGAAUUUAAUUGCCCAAAAUACACACAUUAUUUAGCGUG